CCGCGUAAGGCCGAUAACGGCGGCGAAGUGUCGAGUGUCGUUGGGGGGGUCUAUUGUGUGUGCACCCGGGCCAUCGGCCAUCGCUUCGUCGUUCCGUACAAGUCUCGCCAGACAGUUUAUUUUUAUCCGCGCUGUGCUCGUCCGCACGUGCAUCGUCGUCGUCGUCUGGUGUAUUAUCCAAAAAUUCGCUCCAAUUUUCGCGUACAGUGAUUUCCAUCGCCCGCUCCGUUUUCGAUCGCUCGCUCGAUCGGUGGUUUGUCUCUAUAGAUACCUGUGUGAGUGUGUGUGUGUAUGUGUAAGUGUGUAUACAUGUAUAUGUAUACGCAUGUCUCUUCUUCUCUAUGUCUCUCUUUCGUUCGCCUUGUCGACAGUUCGCUGUCGAACUAAGAAAUGCAAAAUACGAAAGAUCGAAAACGUUCGAACGUCCGGCUUAGCUGACGAGACGACCGUUCGUUCGCGAACAAAUCCCUCUCCCCUCUUCAUCGAUGAGUCUCCUCAGUCUUCUACGGCAGAAGAUUGUGUCAUCGGAUUCAGGUAUCGGCAGGAUUCCCAUGUUUGGACGUCAGGACCAUCAAUACAGGGACAUUUCCAUAUAGCGAAUACGAGAGAGAAAGGGAGUCGCAAAAAAAGGACGGAGAAACUUGAAUCCUGACAACUCUGUGCGAGAAAAGGACGCCGUUCUCCUCCGGACGGAGCUCGUUGCUUAGUCACAAAGCUGGACUCGUCGUGUUGGUUCGACGAUCGUCGCAGAGUCUUCGAAGAAGUUCAAGAUUUCGCGAGCGGUAAAACGUUCCCGUUGCGAGAGAAAGAGAGACAGAGAGAAAUAAAGAGACGACGCCGCGAUGGGGACGAAGAUAAACCACCAAUCGACGAUGGAUAUCAUCAAAGACGAACCGCGAUCGGACGAAUUGCCACUCGCGAUGAUCGACAAAACGGGAAUCGGCGAGAUUUUAACGAGACAAGCGAUGGCCUGGUGCCAGUUGUGGUUGCACCCGUUCCCCAUAAAAAUGACGUUGAACAACGUCGGAUUGUUGACGGUCCUCCUCGCGAUAAUAUCACCGCGCCCGCUUAUUUACAGAGUCAUUUAUCCGAUUUUCAGAUUAGUCUUUGGCACCUUAUAUCCGGCGUACGCUUCGUACAAGGCGGUGCGUACGAAGAACGUCAAGGAAUAUGUCAAAUGGAUGAUGUAUUGGAUCGUAUUCGCGCUGUUUACAUGCGCGGAAACAUUUACCGACGUCUUCUUUAGUUUUUGGUUCCCGUUUUACUAUGAGAUUAAAAUCAUCCUGGUAUUGUGGCUGCUGAGUCCGGCCACUAAAGGUUCCAGCAUUCUUUAUCGACGAUUCGUGCAUCCCGCGCUAAUACGCCGUGAGGCCGAGAUCGACGAAGCUCUGGCACGCGCUACCGAGCAGGGUUACACGGCGGUGUUGCAUCUCGGCACCAAGGGUGUGAAUUACGCCACCACGGUUCUUAUGCAGACCGCCAUCAAGGGUGGCGGAGGGCUCGUGCAACAAUUAAGGAAGAGUUACAGUCUGAGCGAUCUAACCGGCGAGAAGGAGGACGAAAAUAGAAACACACCCGACGUGCGUGACGAGACAGACAUGGAAGUUGAACCUCGUCGAAGAGAGCACGCCGGCAGAAGAGGCUACAGUCCUCGCAGGACCCAGUCCAGCAGCAAUGCGUCCCGAGUGGAAAUGUAUUUCUCCGAGGUGGAUGUUGAUGUUCGACAAUCGCGGCCUAGGGAACACGUAGCUAGCACUUUAACAAAUAUAAGGUCUUCGGACGACAUAUCUAGCGGUUAUAGCAGCGGCGAGGCGCUACAGUCUCAGCGUACUCAUGCCGACUCUUUGGUGAGAACAUCGAGCGUAGGUGCGAAGACGCGCGUGAAGCCGCGCUCAACCGCGAAGAAGACGCCAGAAGACAGGGACGAGGAUUUCGACCGCAUCGUUCUUCCGUCUCCCGAAAACAUCUCCCUCCCGUCGUCCUUGAACGUCCUAACUCCCGAACAAGCAGCCGAGCUUUUGCUAUUGUUUUCCGAGAUUAGUAAAAACCGUCCGAUACGCGAAUUCCCCGUUAAAUCCGCGAACGAAAAUCGAUCGGUAACUAAAAUAAGCGAAGAUAGAGAAUCGUCGUCGACGGAGUCGAGUAGCGAUUUUGUCGACACCGAUCCACCGGUUCAAGCAGACGUGCAAACGAUACAGACCGUGGAGAUAAAAAAUAUCUCGAUGGAAAGUGUGUCGAUACCUGCAGUACUCACAAAAAACACACCGGACAAAAUGAACGUCGUCGAUACGUCAAUGGAGGAAUUGAAUUAUCAUCGCGAUAAUGAGCCUAAUACAUUGCUCAAACAUAUCGAUGACAAAUCGGAAAACAGAAGUCGCGAAGAUUCUCUCUCUUCUCCGACUCCCACCGCAAUCGUUGUUGAUAAUCGCGAGCAAAUAACCAGCGAAAUUUGUCAGGAAAAAAUCGACGAACUGAAGCAAUUGUUGGACGAUGCGCACAAAGCUAUAACGAACAUCGUGUCCUCUCAAGAAAAAUUGGCGGAGAGUGCAAUUGCGAUCGAAAACAACAACUUAAGUGUGUCAUCGGAAAUGAAAAUUGAUGACGAUUUAUCGGACAAUAAGUCAUCUCGCGAUGGUGAGAUUCAACGUUCACCCACGCCAAGUUCGUCGAAUAAUCUCGACGUGGAUAAUCGAGCGGGGAAGUAUCACAAAAAACCCGCUCCGAAAACUCCGCCGGGCAACGAGGCGAUAAAUAACGAAGACGAAAUUGAAUCUCAAAACGCUCUGAAGGCCACUUUGGUCAUUAAAACCGGAACGUUGAGAACGGUUUCGAACGCGGACGUUACGAAAGAUAUUUUCCUAGCGCACGCACCGGAUUCGACGAAGAAAAAGAAGAAGUCCCGAUUGCGCGCGAAGGACGGCUUUUCCAAAUUAUUAACAAUCCCGAAAAACAUCUUUCACAACGCCUUUCACAAGGAGCAACACGAAACCUCGUCCAAAGAAGAGGAUUCAAGCUCCACGUUUUCCGAGACCAGCGGAUCCGCAUCGAGAUCGAACAGUAUCGGGUCCCAGGUGUACGCGGACGGUUCCGCGAAAUUAUCAACCGCAAAGCGGGAAAUGAAUGUGGAAGAGAUCCCGUUGAGACCGGAGGGCAGUACUAAAAUAUCUGACAUAAAUAUAAAUUAUUCUUCGUCUGUUGAAAAAUUGGACGUUACGCCCGCAACUUCGAACGACGUCAAGACGGAUCUUGAAAAUAAAUUCGCGAAUAAAACAGCAGACGACAAAAAGAACGUGGAAAAUUCUGACAAUUGCGAAAAGAAUGUCGAAAAUAAAAAAUCCGGCUUGGAGAUGCCUUUUCACAGUGGCAGGAAAGAAAUUAUAACCGAUAUUUAAAAAAAAAAAACACACAUUUUCUCAUAAUUAAUAACUUUUUCAACUGUAUCGAAUAGAUGAUUUAUGCCUAUUUUUUUUUUCACGUUUGACGGCUUCGAAAUUGUUAAAAAACAAAGCUUGUUCUUUCUCUCCUUCCAUUUCUCACACACUUUAUAGAUAUCCACUGCAUCCUAUGAAAUGAAAAUCCAGAAAUCCGGCCAGAAGAGAUGUGGACCGAUCCGUUAAGAUCAUAACGAGUUUCGCUACCUUACCCCGCAGCAAGAAGACAAGUAAGAAAAAAGUGGCAUGAAACCUGUCUGCUGCUGACCGCAUUACGGAAUAGAGACCAAGUCUCUUACAUCCAAAUAAAAAUAUCCUCAUCGUCGUGCGAAUCUAAUUCCGCACGAGAGAUGUAACGAGCACAUUUAUCGGUCAGCAGCGAAUAAUCGAUGAUAGCGAUCGAAGCAACGCGUUGUACACAGCUGUGUAUGGUCUCUAGCACCAAUAUUUUUUUUUUU